ACUUCAAACCCGUCCUGCCUUACCGCGUCCCACUGUGACACGUCGUGUCCGAGCGACCAUGAAGCUACAGCUGCCCAACCCGGGCCUGGAAGACAGGAUCCUGUCCCAUGAAGCGUUGGAGAAGCUGGAGCACGAGGAGGCUGGAGACCGCCCCAAAUGGGACAACAAGGCCCAGUACAUGCUCACCUGUGUGGGCUUCUGCGUGGGGCUGGGGAACGUGUGGAGGUUCCCGUACCUGUGCCAGAGCCAUGGAGGAGGAGCCUUCAUGAUUCCUUUCCUCAUCCUCCUGGUUCUUGAAGGAAUCCCGCUUCUCCAUUUAGAGUUUGCCAUUGGUCAGCGUUUGAGGAAAGGCAGUUUGGGGGUGUGGUCAACUAUCCACCCUUGUUUGACCGGAGUGGGGAUUGCUUCCAUGUGUGUGUCUCUGAUGAUCAGCCUCUACUACAACACCAUCAUCGCUUGGGUCAUGUGGUACUUCUAUAACUCCUUCCAGAACCCUCUUCCUUGGAGCCAGUGCCCAAUAAACAGCAAUAAUACAGGCCUGGUGGAGGAGUGUGUGAGAAGCUCCUCUGUGGAUUACUUCUGGUACAGAGAGACUCUGAACACAUCCCCCAAUAUGGUGGAGCAUGGUGGGCUUCAGUGGUGGAUGGUCAUAUGCUUGGUGGGAGCCUGGUCUGUCCUAUACAUCUGCAUCAUUCGUGGCAUUGAGACCACGGGCAAGGCUGUGUACGUGACCUCCACACUUCCCUAUGUAGUGCUGACCAUUUUCUUGAUCCGAGGACUGACCCUGAAAGGUUCUCUAAGUGGAGUGAAGUUCCUUUUCACGCCUGACUUGGCAGAGCUAGCCAAUCCAUCCACCUGGUUAGAUGCAGGGGCCCAGGUCUUCUACUCCUUCUCCCUGGCGUUUGGGGGCCUCAUUUCCUUCUCCAGCUACAACUCAGUCCACAACAACUGUGAACAGGAUGCCGUCAUCAUCUCUAUCAUCAACGGCCUUACUUCGGUCUACGCCGCAACAGUCAUCUACACCAUCAUUGGCUUCAGAGCCACGGAGAGAUUUGACAACUGUAUAGGCGGAAAUAUCCUUGGGCUGCUGAAUGCGUUUGAUCUCCCCGAAGGAAGCAUCACCGAGAGCAACUAUGCUGAGGCCAUCCAAAAUCUUAAUGGGACAGACCCAGAUGUCCUUCAAGGGUUGAACUUGAAGACGUGUGACCUGAACACUUUCCUCAGCGAGGGAGUGGAAGGAACUGGCCUGGCCUUCAUCGUGUUCACAGAGGCUAUCACCAAGAUGCCCGUCUCUCAGCUCUGGUCAAUCCUGUUCUUCGUCAUGCUCUUCUGCCUGGGCCUCUCGUCCAUGUUCGGCAACAUCGAAGGAGUUCUGGUUCCCUUGCAGGACCUCAAGGUGUUCCCCAAAAGUUGGCCCAAAGAGGCUGUCACUGGGGUGACAUGUGUUCUCUGCUGCCUGGUGGGCCUGAUUUUUGUUCAGGGGUCAGGGAACUACUGGCUGUCCCUCUUUGACGGCUACGGUGGUUCCAUUCCUCUGCUGGUUGUUGCAUUCUGUGAGAUGAUGGCGGUUGUGUACGUAUAUGGUAUUGACAGGUUCAACGAUGACAUCGAGUUUAUGAUUGGUCACAAACCCAACCUCUUCUGGCAGAUAACAUGGAGGGUGGUUAGUCCUCUCAUCAUGUUUGUCAUCUUCAUCUUCUACUUUGUCACGAAAGUCAGCGAGAAGCUCCUCUACAAAACUUGGGAUCCUGAAUCGGAGAACUUCCCCACACUGGAUGAGAAGCUAUACCCCGUCUGGGUCAAUGUGAUCAUCUUCAUUCUGGCAGGAAUCCCCAGUCUUGCGGUGCCUGCAAUCGCUAUUUAUCACUGUCUACGGAGGAAGAAGAGUGGAAGACCUCAGUCAGAGGAUCCAUACACUAUCUCCAAACACGUUCAUAUGAAUGACGAGCCUGAAACGAAUAGCAAGUCCUUCACCUGAUCACUUUAAUGACUUCUGUGUUGGACCUCUCAUCCAAUAGCUGAUGUUCCCUCGCUAACAUAACAUAAACAGCUUUCCAGUCAA